GCAGAGGUAAGACGGAGGAGACAAAGUCUCAUGCUGGGUUUGUGUUCACUGACUGAUAUAAACCAAUUUUCUUAAGGCUGAAAGACAUGACUCUGAAGCAGCAGCAACAAGCCAAGAAGUUCGCUCUGCAGGACCUCCUGAGCAAGUCUGUGCUGGAAAGGAGCCCCCGAUACCAACUGCAGAAAACUGCCAGCAUCAACAUUUUCGCACUGCAAGAAAUGAGCGAUGACUUCUACCUGCCCUCCAUCAGCACAAGCCAUUCAGAAGUGUACCUUGAUGACAGGUACUGCCACCUCAGUCGGUCAUCUCCAUACCUUCUUGGAUCAGCGUGCAUCUCUGAAGCUCCCCGCAGGUCAUCUCAGCACAGAAGCAACCAACUGCCACACCUAAACAAAGAUCAACAGAAAUUCCUCAAAAGACCAAAGCAAUCAAAUGUGAGGCUCACAAUGGCCUACCUGGGGCAAGGGGCUUUGGCAGAAUGCCGGGAUGAACUCCGAGUGUUCCAGCAGAUAUGUGGCGGAGAGAACCUCUGCGUGUACAAAGGGUAUUUGUCUCCAGGAGAUCAGUUCCACUUUGUUUCCAGGCGCCACCUGGGAUUCCCCUUCAGCGCCACGCUUUUCAUCAACGGCAUCAUGGCAACUCGAAUCAGCUGCUGCUGUGAAUACAGAUAUAACAUUGGCUACCAGCAGGGCAAGCGUGGCUGCUUCCGGCUCAUGCACCUGAGUGGUGGGAAACCUUGUUACAGAUGUGCAGGAUUCAAGAGCCUAAAAAAUACAUCAGGCAGAAGGACAUUUGAGAAUGGGAGCCUAGGAUGCUGUGAAUCCCACCCCGUUGUAGAGGAUCAGCGCUGUGAAAAAGAUUUCAAUCAGGACACAUCACUUCCAGGAACUGCAAAAGAAGUCAGCUCCAAAGCAGCAGAGGCCCAAGAACAGCCUGACGGUAAUGACAGCUCAUACGCCUCAUCUCCACUCUUCAUUCCCAGGUACAAAGUUAACAGACAAAGGCCGCUUUUAAAAUACGACCAGCCAGAUGCAGCAAGCGCGUCGUCAGACAGUGAAGCCUCAGAGAGAGAAAACCGCUGGAGACCAAAGAGAGGGAGGAAGUGUCCACGGGCAGCUCCUCAAAAAGGCAACGAGGCGACACAACAAAAAGAACAACAGCUGGAAUAUCAAGACCUGAAAUUCUCCCAGAAAACAUCAAACGGCAACCAAAGUGGGGCACCCUUACAUCCGGAUCAUAAAAAACACUUCAGGAAAAAGAAACGCAACCGAACAGAAACGAAAAAGGAUGUGGCGUCAGAAACAGCAGCACCACAAAAUGGCAAGUGA